AUAAAAAGCACACGCUUACUACUUAAACAUCCUACAAAGUUCAUUAUUCAAACGAAAAGGAAAGAUGAGAAAAGGGGUAGAGAAUGGCCCUCGGUGCCAUCCAUGCCACAGAAGGCUCACUCUACAUCAUUGUCCUCGUCGGAUGCCUUGGAGUUGGCAUCGUAUGUGAUCUCGAGGUAUUCCAAGAUCCUCCGCUGCCUCCUCAUCUAGCAUUGUUGGUUGGUGAGGAUGAGAUCAUUGUGAUGCCCAAUGUUGGCCAACCUCACCUCAAAAGCAUCCAUACUGUAGGUGAGUCCCACAUGAGAGGGCCCGACAUCAUCAUGAGGUGGAGGUGGAGGAGAAAUCGCCUGGUCUCCAUUCUAUGCCUCAACUUCAUCAUCACGCUCAUCAACUGGCACGUGAGCAGCGACGAAAUUCAUCCUAUAAAGGGGCCUGGAGGAAAAGGGUGUGGUGGUCGAUGGUACUUAGGACCGAAAAUCCCGGACUGCCAAAUCGAAGUGUCUCGCCAAACGGGUGACAUAUGCACCACCAUGGUACUUCCCACACUUGUCCAUAGCUACCUGGAAAAACAAUCAGACGACCGCCCAUCCCAAGUGGAUCAUGACUCGCUCGUGAAGCUGGUGGAGCAUGUAGAGGUCUCUGGUGGACACCGAACCUCCACUUUCAUUCUUGCCCGUGCGAGAGUAGCCAAUGAGGGCGUGGCAGAUGCCCAUCAUCAGAGUGAUUUGAGUCCUCUUUGCAUACUUCGAUGUCCACCAGGUGGUGAUGUUCGCCUUAGAGAGGUUGUUCCUCCAAGAUUGAAGGAGCACCUCUUGACUGACAUCUCCUUCUCUCCUCAGGUUGCGGUAGGCUUGUGUCCCAGUGUACUCCUCGAUGUAAAUGCCGAGUGCCACACUGAAGGAUGUGACACUCAUACUCCUCUGGACACCUCCAAGUCUGAAAGAGACCGUGCCCUCCUCAUCGAAGUUGAAAUCAUGGUUGGUCCCAUGAAGGCACUUGAAAGUCACAAAGAACUCCACCGUUAGCUCCUUAUAAAUGUCUCCCUCAUGGAAAGCAAAGUCACCCACUCACCGAUGCUCAUGAGCUCUCGGACUUCCUCCUCAUAUCUAGUGGAUCGGAUUCCCCUCCGAGCCAAGUGUCGGUGAUCUCCAAGAUCUUUUCCUAACAUCUUUCUCACCAUCUCGGUCAUGUUCCUCAAUACAUUAAGAUCCACAAGUGCGGGGUGGUUUUGAAGAUUUUGAGGAGGCAUGUUCCUGUGAAGACAUAGAAAAGACAACACAAGUGGUACACGAGUCCACUAGCUUGUUAGGAACCUACAAUGGGAACAAUUCCCCCACGCUUGUUCUUCAAACAAAAAGUCCACUAUAUGUAAACAACCAAUUCAACAAAAUCCAGAAAAACAUUCUUCAUAGGGUUUUGGCGACCUUAGAAUGAGGUGAUACUAUGAUCAGAUAAGAAAAACAAUGAUUCAAA